UCCAGGCUGAUGUCACUCCCAGUUGUUACAGACGCUUCUCCGGGUAACAAUGUGGGACUAGGAGGCACAAAGGACCUUUCUGGAGACACCCCAAAGAUUUGCCGACUUCAACACCUCCUAGGACCAGGGUGUUGAUUUUCCUUAGAAGCAAAUCCAUGCAUUCCUACACUGUGGCAUCACCAGAUAGGAUGAGUGGCUCAGAUAACGGACUGGAUGAAGCAGAACUCAGCAUUACACUCACUCUCCGGAUGCUUAUGCAUGGAAAGGAAGUUGGCAGUAUCAUAGGCAAGAAAGGAGAGACUGUGAAGAAGAUACGAGAACAGAGUACUGCCCGGAUUACCAUUUCAGAAGGAUCCUGCCCUGAGCGGAUCACCACCAUUACAGGUUCUACUGAUGCUGUUUUCAGAGCUGUUUCCAUGAUUGCCUUCAAGCUGGAGGAGGAUUUGGGAAAUGGAGCAACCAACGGAGGCACCAUCUCCAAACCACCCGUAACACUGAGGCUAGUCAUCCCAGCUAGCCAGUGUGGCUCACUCAUUGGCAAAGCCGGAGCCAAAAUAAAGGAAAUCCGAGAGACAACAGGUGCUCAGGUCCAGGUGGCUGGAGACCUCCUACCCAAUUCCACUGAAAGGGCUGUCACAGUCUCUGGAGUACCAGAUGCCAUCAUCCAGUGCGUGCGACAGAUCUGUGCAGUUAUACUGGAGUCACCCCCAAAAGGUGCCACGAUUCCCUACCAUCCCAGCUUGUCCUUGGGACCGGUUCUUCUGUCAGCCAAUCAGGGAUUUUCCAUGCAAGGACAAUAUAGUGGAAUAUCUCAAGCUGAGGUGACAAAGUUGCAGCAGCUUUCGGGACACCCUGUCUCAUUUUCAUCCUUGGCACAAACUCCAUCUAUAGUUGCAGGCCUGGAUGCAAAUUCUCAGAAUAGCUCUCAGGAGUUUCUAGUUCCCAAUGAUCUCAUCGGCUGCAUCAUUGGCCGUCAGGGGAGCAAGAUCAGUGAGAUUCGGCAAAUGUCUGGAGCACACAUCAAGAUCGGGAACCAGACAGAGGGUUCUUCCGAACGUCAUGUGACCAUCACAGGGACACCUGUCAGCAUCACUUUGGCUCAGUACCUCAUCACAGCCUGCUGGACUCCUGCCCUUUGACAGCCAGAAAAUCAGCAGGUGAAACUUUUCUUGUUGUCUUGAAUGCCGGAGAAAAUAUUGUUGAUUAAAGUGCCACUUGUCGCCAAUACUAUGUUCACAGAAGACCUGCAAAGGGCAAAGAUGCAUCUCUAGAACAUGUUGUAAUCAAUUCAGAAUAACCAGCACACCUUAGUUAUGUUGUGAUUCGUGGUAAAAUAAAUCAGAGACUCAAGCUCAUGAAUCAUACAAAUUAUAAGAUCAAGUAUUUCUAGAUAAGCUUUAAAGAUCAAGGUUAACCUUCUGUUGUGUUACAGGGCUUUCCACAAAUCUGGACUCUACGACCUUGUGCACAUAGCAUGCUACACCAUGAAUAUGUUGUUAAGUAAAUCAUUAUUGUUGAGACAUCUUAAGCCAUAUACUAUAAAUUGCAGCUACAAUGAAUGGCUCUAUUUUGUGAUCGUGGACCUUGACUGAUGAACAUAAAGAUUUCCCUAAUUUAUUUUUACAGCAACACAAUAGAGGAAUCUAUAGUGGGUUGUUGUUUUUUGUCUGCUUAGUACUGAGAUGGGCAGCUUUUAAGCAAAAUGUUGGCCAUUAGAGAGUAUUGAAAGGAUAUAGGACAUUCUAAUUCUUCGCUGCUACUCGGUGAUCAUUCAAAUAUUUGCAGCACAGAUGUGUUUUUAGUCCAUGCAAAGUGCCAAAACACAUAAGCUGAGAAUAUACAUCUGGUUGCAGAUCCAAUUCUCUGUGUGGAAAAGAAUAGAAUGGAUGUCCUACAGCUCUGCACAGAUUGUCAUUGAUCCCAAGCCACCUUCCCCUUUAACUCCAGCAAAAGAAUUCAGUAUGGGAACAUUCCCACUCUCAGUAGCAGCAAGAGCCCAGCAAUAGUGACUUCUUUAGUGGAAGGAAAGGGGAACAUUAUGUAGACAUACUUGUCCAACAUUUUAGUCCCUUUCAAAGCUAGCCACUUAAUGUGGUAUGCAAAAAAAAAAGUUUAAGGAAACAACCGCUUCAUGCAUUGCAUUUUGUUCUUUAAACUUCUCAUCUCUCUCUUUUUCAGGAACUCUACAACUCUAUAUAACCACAACCUUUUCCAUCUUCCCCUUUCUC